AUGACCUUCUUCUCAUGGAUUUCACCUUUCACGAAAAGAUCCGGCAUUUCAUCGCCAGCGCACCUCGCACGUUUGUGGUUGACGUGGUUAGGUGUGGUUGACGUAAAGGACCUAUUUUUCAUCUCCAGUAACAAUAGUGUCCAGCCAGUCGAAUCUGCGGCUUCUGGAGAACGGCUGAGUGCAGAUGUACAGGCGUCUUUGGCGGUUGCCGUCGCUCAAUGCAUGUGGGAGCCACUGAUCAAGCUUUUCACUAUUCCGAGAUUGCAGUCCAUUGCUCACGUGGAAAGCGAACAGCCAAAACUGGCAGCAAGACACCGCACACCUUCAUAUGGAUGCUGCUCCGCCAGAUUCUUCAAUUUCUCGAACGAUAUUGCACUCGGUCGACCAGAGCGAAGCUCAUCUUUGAGUUUCUUGUUUCCGGCUUUGAAGCGCUGA